UUUCAUAUCAAUGGCUGCCGCCUGCCCUAUGUUGUUCUCUUGGUUUUUACGCGUUAAUACUACCAUUCGACUCUGAUAUUCAAUAAUAAACAAAUUAUUGAUAUGGUUAUUGCUGCUUUACCAGUUCCAAGUGACAAUACGGCGCUUGUGGAAGGAAAACAGCAUAAAGGCAGUGGACAUUUCUAAGUAUGGAGGAACCGCAAUUGAAGAGGAAACCAAACGUUAUUGACUGCCACUUGAACAGCUUAAGAACCUCCAAAAAAUCACUCAAUGUUGUCAUGAAUGAUAUGACAUCUCAACCAUUAACCCCAGUUUAUGUUGGACACAUAAAAAAUCCAAGGGACUUAUCAAAAACAGUCUUGCUGUUAAACCAAAAGGUGCCAGUAAAGGAACUUCAACAUUUAAAAAGAGUUAGGAAACACGAAGUAAUCAUAUGUCCCAUAGAGUAUGUUAAUGAUAUGUCAAUAGAGGAUUAUCUAUGUAAGUGUGAUGAGGGGUUUAAAGAUAUAUUUGUGGCGUUUGAAGUGAAAAAUGUGCCCAAGUUACCACCGAAGCUCAAGAAACAGUAUGAAGAUACAAAACUUUUUUGGCCGUGUAAUUUUCAUCCAGAUAAAUAUUUGGAAAAGCUGUUUAGUGGGCAGUUUUUCACAGAACAGGAGUUAGAUUCACAUAGAAGAUAUAUGGAAGCAGCGUUUUUAGCAGCGAAAUGGUUUGAUGUUCAAAAUGUAGCUGUGGUGGUUGAUCCAGCGAUAAGUAGUGUGGUAGCAAUAGGAGAAGAUAACCGAAAAUGCCAUCCAAUGCAACACGCCGCCAUGUUGGCUAUAGAUAAUGUUGCUAGAACACAAAAUGGCGGCGCUUGGCAGUCCCAAAUGGACGAUGACACUUUUAUCGACGUGAAAUUAGUGGCCUUUCUAAAAGAUUUGAAUGUCAAAUUUGGACAUAGACGAUUCAAGAGUAAACAGGAGGAGGAUACAGGGCCAUAUUUGUGUACAGGCUAUGAUGUGUAUAUGAUGAAGGAGCCGUGUGUGAUGUGCGCUAUGGCGUUCGUUCAUGCUAGAGCGAGGCGGAUAUUCUUUGCUAUAGACAAUGAAGAGGAUGGAGCAUUGAAAUCCAGAGUCAAGUUGCAGACUGUGAAGUCUUUGAAUCAUCGUUUUGAAGUUUUUACUGGAUUUUUAUAAAAAGUAGAUCGGCUUUGCCUGACACACAGCCGGUUCAGCGUACGAGCGAGUUAAAUGUGCACAACCUAUUCACAGCUGGGUUUGGAGUUAGGGAUGAGAGUCACACGCUGAAGCUCACAGCCCCAGCUCUAAGAUGGACUGGAUUCUAUGAAAAUAUUUUCAAUGCAAUAGUUCUUUCAUUGUGUUAAUAUGUAUUUUACAUUACAUUUGCACUUGUGUAGUGUAUUCAGAUUCUACACUCCGACGCUCAUUGCGUAGCCAGGACGGCUAAUUAAUCCAGCCUAUCUCUUAAUAUCCUAAAUAAAAGCUCAGAAGCGCACUUUGCAGGCGUCAGAGCGAAUUCACUGUUCCGAGGAUUCCUGCUCAUUGAGAAGCCACAGCCACGCAUUCCAGAACUACGUGGGUGACUGAUUCGACUGCGCUGAAACAGAGGCAUCAGGGACUGUCUGUCGGACAAGGACAAAGAGAUCUUUAUAAAGGAAGAAGUGACCCGUAAUUGUGCUAAUCAUUAUUUUGAGAUUAGUUUAGUUGAGGCUUAGAAGUCGUUUUGUCUUUUGCCCUAACAUUUUUUUAUAAGUGGUUAUGUGUUUUGCUAAAUAUCUUUGUAAUAAAAGUAACUUUAAAUCAUUUUAAGUGUAGAUGUCAUUUUUCGUUUUCAUUUUAUAGAAAUAAAGAAUAUUUU